AUGAAAUAUCAGAUUAUAUCAGAUUAUAAAUCUGAUAAUAAAAUAUCAGAUUAUAAAUCUGAUAAUGCCAGAAAUAAACCUUUUUUAGAAGCAUUGCAAAGUCUAAGACCAGAAGAUAAUAAGCUUUCAUCUGAUGAAGAUAAUAAGCUUUUGUCUAAUAAGGAUAAUAAACAUUCAUUUUAUAUGAAUAAUGAUGAAGUCAAUGAUAUAAACAAUUGCAAUGAACUGUAUAAUGAACUUUCAUAUAAAGAAGUAAUUGAUUCUAGUGAUGAAGAUGAAGAUAAUGAGUUUAGCUUAGAAUCUUAUAAAAAAGAUAAUAUGAAUCAAGUUAUUCCAUCAAGACUACCACCAAAUUUUCCAGAAAUUGUCCUAGUUACUCAUGACAAAUCAAUUUUUUAUGCUAAUGAUGAUAUUAAAAAGAAUAAUGAAGAUAUCAUAAAACAAGUAUCUAAAAGAGCUAUUCCAAUAUUCGAAAGAACUCACCUCAGAAAAGUUGCACUUUUUAUGUUUGACAAUAGUUGUAACCACAAUUCAUUUGCUGAAGAUGUAUUGUUAGUUUCUCAGAUGAAUAUAAAAGAUAGAGAGAAAAGACUGCUUCUUCGUAAUAGCAGAAUGUCUAAUAAUCGUGGUUUGUGGAUGCUGGGUUUAACAAGAGAAUGCAAUGAAUGUAAAGCAGGUGCUUUGACUAAUCUACAAUGUUGUGCAACAAAUAUUCUUAAAAGACAGCCUGAUUUUGCAUCACAAAAAAACCAUUUACAAGAGAUUAUUGAGGCAGCUGGUCAUCUUUGCAUUUUUUACCCAAAGUAUCAUUGUGAGCUCAAUUAUAUUGAGUCUUUUUGGGAGCAGCAAAACAAUAUGCAUAUUUAUAUUGCAAUUAUUCUUUUAAAGGUCUUAAAAAAACUUGCUUAUGAGCAUGGUCUAUCUGGAAAAGCUGCAGUUUUUGCUAUAAAAAAAUAUCAAUCUCAUCGUUGGGUACCAGAAAGUGUGUUAGAAGAAUUUGGUCAUAUAAAUUAG